GAUGCAGGAAGAGGGGUGUGCGUGCAGAGCACGGGACGGUCGCAGCCCGCGCUAUGCUACACAUAAGGAGGAUUGGAGGAACACCCAAUCAAUCGGAGGGCGGGUGGGCUGAGCAGCCGGACGGCGCUGCCACGGGGGCAAGCGGUGAUCACGUGAGAUGCAUCUGCCACUGCUGGCGAACGCUCCGGGCGCUGGAGACGGCCGUUCUUUUCCGCAGGUACGUGAAACCCAGUUGCAUACACAACCUAUCCCUCCAACCUCGCCGCCCCAUCUCUGCUGUGCUUUCUCGGUGGAACUCAGACCGUGGCGCUCCAUUCCUAUCACCGUCGUCACACCGAUGGCCAGAGCGGGAUCCGCCACUCCCACGGCCGGGCCCCUCCUCGGCGGGCGCCCCUCCCUUAUCGCCGCCAACAACAGCGGAAGGUGUCGUGUCGUUUCCGACGUGGCGGAGCACAGCCACACGGCCGGGGCGCUCGGACACCUCCCGCUCUUCGGCGCACCCGCCGGCUCAACCUGCACGGUAGGCGGCUCCGGCACAACGGCCCCCCGCGGAGUCGUCGUCGGUGCGCUUGACCACGGCAAGGAGGGCGUCGCCCCCCGCGGAGUCCUCGCCGGGCGCCCGUCCGUGCCACACGCCGACGUCGCGGCCAGCCACAGCGGACGCCCUCGUCUCUCCAAGGAGUGCCACAACGUCGCCGACGCCGCAGGGCACGGCCUGGACGCUCGGGCUUGGGCUACCCCCGCUCCUCGGCGGCUCCACCUCUGUCGCGACGGGCAACUAUGUUUUGUCUCUAAUGCAUGUUUCGCUAAAACCCUUCUAUUUUUUGCAGAGCUCUCACAAAUCAGUCAACCUACGAAGUGGCCAGAUGGAAGGGGCUAUUUCUACUUAAGGGCAAUUCUGGACAGAGCUCAUCCAUUCAGUAAAUGCAUAUAUAGGAACAUCUGUGACUUCUGCCUCACUAGGGAAUGAAUUUGCUCCGGAAGCCGUGUGAGGCUAGAGAUAUUGUUUACUGUCCUAUGAUUUCAGCAAUA